AGGGCGGAGCGGGUGGUGGGGCCUGAGCGGCGCCGGGGAGGCGGAGGAAGGGACGGGGACACCGUGGCGGCCUCGAAAUCGGCUCGUCUGGGCGGAGGCGGCGGCAGGGAGCCGAACCCCUGCCUUGGGUCUGCGGCGCAGCGAGAUGGUGCGCUGAAUCAUUUUCACAAGAGGCAUCUACACCACUGUGAAGCAAGAAUACAUUAAAGAAUAAGAGGUGUGAGGGUGCGCCAGUGCUUUCCUGGCUAGAAAGCUAACCCCCAAGUGAAUGUAUUGAAGAUUUCUAGACUUGGUGGGACAAAUAUCUCUACCUCCAAUUUUAUGAAUACUGCUAGCUAUGGCUGUGGAACUCUGUUUGCUGCUGCUGCUGUUCUGUGGAAGUACUAUUUCAGAGGUACAGCCUAUAUACAAACCGCCUCCUGGGACUUUGGAUUUUGGAUUUGUACCAGCCAAGACGUAUGAUACAGGUGCAUACCAUGAACCCGGGCCAAUAGGAAUUUUGUUUAAAAUAGUACACGCAUUCCUGUACUUAGUGCAGCCAAAUUCUUUUCCUCAAGAUCUCGUCAGAAAAUUAGCACAGCAGAAGUUUGGAAAUACACAGGGCGAUUAUCAAAAGCCAGAAAAUGUUGUCCUGACUCUUCAGGCCAUCUACUAUGAAAUCGGUUUUAUAGUCUCCGCAGCCUUGGGAUUGCUAUUUAUUUUGUUACUGCCUCUUGUGGGACUUUGCUUCUGUAUGUGUCGUUGCUGUGACAACUGUGGUGGGGAAAUGCAUCAAAGACAGAAGAAAAAUGCUGACUGUCAGAGGAGCUGUUUUGCAACAUUUCUUUUUGUUGCUUCUUUAAUAAUAAGUGUUGGAGUGCUCUGUGCAUAUGCUGCCAACCAGCAUUUAACUAACCAAGUCCGAGGAGCAAAGAAACUGGUUAACAGUAAUUUUAAGGAUCUGAAAAUUUUCCUUAAUGAUACUCCAGCGCAAAUUGACUACUUGGUGAGCCAGUACAACACAACUAAGGAUAAAGCACUCUCUGACCUAAAUAAUGUUGGACCAUUGCUUGGAAGUAGAGUUCAAGAACAGCUGGGAAAAGAAGUGCGUCCCGCACUUGAUGCAGCUCUGACAAUGGCAGGAGCCAUCAGAGAAACAAAGGAAGCACUGGAAAAUGUGAGUGUCUCUGUAGAGGUUUUGCAGGAGGGAACAGAGAGGCUUCAUGCAAACUUGACAGAUGUUAAAAUGCAUCUAAGCAAUACCCUCAAUGAUUCGGCGUGCUCUGUGACUCAGGCUGCCUCAACUUGCAAUAUCAUCAGGAAUUCAUUAAAUCAACUGAACAUCAAUGCCAAUUUUAGUGGGUUGCCAGGAGUGAGCUCACAGCUUGCCAAGGUCAACGAUGUCCUUAAAAUAGACCUUUCUAGUCUGGUUCAAAAGGGUUAUGCAGCAUUUAAUGACACUCCAGACCUAGUGGUGAAUCAAACCAGGAACAUUUUAUCAGAUAUCAAAAACGUGCUGGAAUCUGUUGGUUCAAAUAUCACUACCUUCACAAAAGCGCUCCCUGUUCAGAAGAUUUUAGCGGACUUGACAAUAUAUCUCACACAGAGUGAAGCAUACGUUCAAGAUUAUUUUCCGGUAGUGGAGCAGUACGAUUUCUACAGGUGGCUUGGUUGUCUCAUUCUGUGCUGCGUGCUGGUCCUGAUUCUGGUCUUCUUCUAUCUUGGACUACUAUGUGGCACCUGUGGUUACGAUAAACACGCUUCUCCCACAACCAGAGGCUGCAUUUCCAACACUGGAGGAAAUUUUCUUAUGGCUGGUGUUGGAUUCAGUUUUCUUUUCUCCUGGGUGCUGAUGAUUGUAGUGGUGCUCACUUUUGUCACAGGUGGAAAUGUAGAAAAACUGGUCUGUGAGCCCUUUGAAGAUAGAACUUUAUUCAAGGUUUUGGAUACUCCCUACUUACUAAAUCAACACUGGAAAAACUAUCUUUCUGGCCUCCUGUUUAAAAACCCAAGUAUUAACUUGACUUUUGAGAAAGUGUACAGUGAUUGCAAGGAAAACAAAGGAAUUUAUACUUCCCUUCACCUAGAACACUUGUUCAAUAUCAAUGAAUUUCUAAAUGUUAGUAUGUAUACAGAAGAUGUAGCACUUAAAAUUGAACAUAUUCAGAUAAACCUUAGCAAAAUCAUUCUGCUGGAUGAAAUUGGGAAGGAGAAUCUUCUGAAUUUCAGCUCUUCAGGAAUAGAAGGAAUAAACUUUGCAGCAUAUUUGACAGAGAUCAAUAAAAGUGUUACCAAGGUUGAUCUUCUGUCAUUUGCUAAUGACUUAGAAGCAAGAGCAGACCAGCUGCCAAAAGGAGCACUGGAAAAUGCCUUAAAAGGACAUGCAAACAACAUUCGAAUGAUUCAUAACCAGCAAGUCGUUCCACUAGAGCAAGCUAUGAAAUAUGUUAAAGCUAGGAGCACUUUAAAUCAGAGCAUUAGGUUACUGAAGAGGACAUCAUCUGAACUCAUGGUCAAGGUGAAAAAUGUCAUUAGCUCUGUUAAUGCUGCCCAGCUUCUCAUAAAUAACAACGCUUCUCUAGUUAUUGUCCAGGAGACGAAGAAGUACAUGGAUACCAUAGUUGGCUACUUUGAGCAAUACAUUGAGUGGGUCAAGGAGUCGAUUGCCAUGGAGGUAGCAGCAUGCAAGCCUAUUGCCAAUGUGAUAGAUACAGCAGUAGAUAUUUUUUUAUGCAGCUAUAUAACCGAUUCUGUGCUCUGUGGAACAGUGGUAACAAUACUGGAAACACUAAGGGGCUAUAAAAAUGAGGCUCAAGAUUCUUCUACAGGAGUAUAUCAUUAUUCUUCCGAGUGUAUUGGCAUUUGUAUUCAUCUUCCAAAUCCUGAGCCACUUGUUUUAUGUCACCCGUACUGUAAAUCCCAAAUGUACUAUUGAAUGUUAUGCCAUAAACUACUGUACAGAAUAUUUUGCAAUCAGGGCACUGCCUCUCAAAUACCACUGUUCAAGGCUUGAAUUAAAUAGUUUUUUGUUUUUUACUUUUUUACACUGGGCUUUCUACCUUACAUCACAGUAUAUAAAUUCAUUAGAUUAAUAGCCUUUGCCUAGCAAUCCUCUGACAAUUGGUCAACAACUUCUCUUAAAUUGUUGAUUUGUGUUAAAUACAGUACAUACACGUUUACAUAAAAAUACAUUUUGUAUACAGAGACUUUUGUAUAUACGUUUUUCUUAAAACUUGUAAGUGUUUAGUUAAGAUUUUAAUAUUGUAUAAUACUCUUCACAAUUGAAUUUACCAGCAUGAUCAGUGUUGCUAUUUGGUGCUCUUGAAUGACCACUUUGGACUAAAUUUGAAGUGUAAUGGGAUCCACAGUGUCUCCUUAUGUCUCUGAAAAGUUCCCUUGCAAUUUUGCUUUCUCCCUCUUUUUUUUUAAUUAUUUAAUAUUUAGUGAUUUUUUUUUUUUUUCAGUAUAGGCCUAAA